AUGAUGUCGACAGUAUUAAGGAUAGCCUUGUUGUGUGUGGUAUUGAGUGAAGCGUUAGCGAUGGUACAAGUGAGAGUGUCUGAUGGUUUGUUAGAAGGAGAGGUAGUACACAACGAGUACGGCGGCACUUACUUUAGCUUUUUGGGAAUCCCGUACGCACAGCCUCCGCUCGGAGAUCUGAGGUUUAAGGCUCCCCAACCACCAAAGCCCUGGGAUGGGGUCCGCAGCGCCAAAGAAUUUGGACCGAAAUGCUUCCAAUACGAUUUGUUCGUGGAUAAAGGGCAUGUGACAGGAAGUGAAGAUUGUUUGUACUUAAAUGUGUACACACCUGACGUCACACCUGUGAAACCUCUUCCAGUAAUGGUUUGGAUUCAUGGAGGAGGCCUAGUAUCUGGGGCCGGCGAUGACCAAGAAUACGGUCCCAAGUUCCUAGUAAGACAAGAUGUUAUCCUUGUUACAUUAAAUUAUCGUCUUGAAGUACUUGGGUUCCUAUGUCUAGACACUGAAGAUGCGCCUGGAAACGCUGGUAUGAAGGAUCAGGUAGCAGCCCUUAGGUGGGUGAAGGAAAAUAUCGCCAACUUCGGAGGUGACCCAGACAAUGUAACUAUAUUCGGUGAGAGCGCUGGUGGGGUCAGUGUCACAUAUCACUUGAUGUCACCGAUGUCCAAGGGACUAUUCCAGAGAGCAAUAGCUCAGAGUGGUGUCAGUGUCUCGUACUGGGCACAAGCGUAUAAACCUCGUGAAAGAGGUUUUGCGUUGGCAAGAAAGUUAGGGUUCUAUUCAGAUGAUGUUAAAGAAGUUUACGAAUUCCUAAAACAACAACCUAUAGAGAAUUUAAUAAAAGCCAAAGUCCCUAUAACUUAUUCUGAAAAAGAACGAACAAAUGUCGAAGUAUACUUUAGUGUGGUUGAAGAAAAACAGUUUGGAGACAACGAGCGAUUCUUUUACGGAGAUAUGGUCGAUGCAGUGUCGAAUGGUAUUCACGAAGGAGUUGACAUAAUGACAGGAUACACCGCGGAUGAAGGUAUAAUGGGCGUAGCUAUCUUUGGCGAUUACAAAGAAAGUUUAGAACAAGCCAAAAACUUUCCACAAUUUUUCGUGUCAUACCCCAUGUCGCUCUUAUUAUCGACUAAUGACCAAUUAGAGCUUGGUAAUAGGUUAAAGGAAUACUAUUUCAAAGAACAGAUUCGAGUACCAGACCACUGGGAGAGUCUAAAAGACUUUUACUCAAUGGACAUAUUCGUAUUUCCAACCAUGAGGUGGAUUAAGCUGAGUGCGCGUUCCAAGAAGAACAAGAUAUAUUUGUACAAAUUCACUUGUUACACAGAACUAAAUAUUGUAUCUGAGUUGAUGGGAGUAGGUCAUCUUGUUGGAAAUAAACCAGUUGUCGCUCAUUCAGAUGAUUUAAUGUAUUUGUUUAGUGCCAGAAAUCAGACAAAACUGGACAUGAAUUCUGAAGAAUUCAAACAGAUUGAGGUAGUGACAAAGCUUUGGACUAAUUUUGCUAAAUAUGGCAAUCCCACUCCUGACGACUCUUUUGGCGUAGCAUGGUCUCCAUACUCCUUAGAAAACCAGGAUUAUCUGGAUAUCGGCAAUGAACUGAAAGCUGGACAGGCCCCAGACGACGAAGAAAUCAAAUUUUGGGAAAAUCUAUUGACAGAAUUUGGACAGAAAUUAUAUUAG